AUGCGGGGCCCAGUCCCUGUCCCAGAUCUCUGCCGGCCUCCUGGGCCUGUAGACGGGGGAAGGCUGGGCUGGGAGUGGCGCUGUGCAGCCCAGGGCCCGUACCUGCCGUGUGCCCUCAGUCUCAGCCCCGGAGGGCCGGGCCCAGCCACUUACUGCAGCCCUGGCACCGAGGAGCGGGCGGCACCCUUCCCAGCCGUGGUCCCUUACCUGGUCAGACACUGGCCGGGCCCUCCCUCGGCCCCAGUGCAGGCCCCUCUGGAAGGUGGCCCCGGGAGGCCCGAUUGGCCCGGGCCCCGCCGUCCCAGCCAGCCUCCGGCAUCUGCCAGGUGCGGCCCACGCGCGCCUGACUGCCCUCAGGUGCGGCUGCUUGGGAAGGUGCGUGGUCAGGACAGCCCACCAAUGGGACCUGAGGUUGAGAGCAGCUCCGAGCUUGGGACAGGAGGGGUCCAGGCGGCCCCUGCUGAGGAUGGCCCGCUGGCUGAACAAACAGGUGAGGCCCGCAAACCUGGUGGCUCUUGUCCUGGCUGA